AUGAAAUUUGUCCCCGUUAACCAUCGGAUCUUUGCGAUAUUACCGCUUUCCAGAAAUCCUUGGCGUCAAGUUUGCGUCCAACAAUGCAGGUGCGCAGGGAACGAAUAUCUUGAGCGAUGUAUAAAUAUUACUCCUCAAGCCAAAGAGACAAGUCUAACAAAAAUUUCAUCGACGAAAGUGUGGAAAAAAUGUCCGAAAGAUUUCUGUGCAUUGGGUGAGAAAGUUUAUGAUCAUAGCUGCAAAUUAACAAACCGAAAAUGUGGUGAAAACAUGAAAUUUGUCACGAUUAACCGCAAAACUGAUGAUUUUUAUCUUUUCUCAAGUUUCAUCAGCCAUCACAGAACUUGCAUUCAACAAUGUACAUGUGCAAGCGAGAAUUAUGUUAAGAAAGAUGGAAGAUGCAUUCAAAAAUUGGCAGAAAGAGCGAUCACAGAGGCGAUUGCCCAUUCUUAUGGUGACGAAUGGUUUGAUUAUUCGUGCGAGCUUAUAGGAAGCAAAUGUGGCCAAAAUAUGAUAUUCGCAAAAAUCGAUCCACAUCUCUCAUAUUUUCAUGCUCUGCCGCGAUUUUUUUCUUCCAGUUUUUGUGUCGUACAAUGCAAAUGCGUGGAAUUUUAUGAGGAAGAAAAUGGGCAAUAGUCAACUGGGCAUAUAUGGCAAAUGCCGAUUAACAUUCGGAUUCUUUUAAUGGAGGCUUAUUCUUGUCAAACUGCAGUGGAUCAGGAAUCGUUUUAUGUUGCCCAACUUGAGAGUGAGAGAGAGAACACAGCACUCGACCAGCGUGUUCUCACUCGAUUUGCAUUUUAUAACUAA